GAAGGAAGAAGAAGACUCAAAAUCGUAGCUGUGUCCAAACCAAAAAAAACACUGUAAAUCCUUGAUUUCUUGCAAUGGUGAUCAAGGGUUAAAGAAACAAUAGAAAAGCAAACAGGCUGCAUAAUACUUAUGAAAACCCUUCCGUAGAAUAUACUUUUAAACAUGUAUUUAAAAUUUGAAACCACGUUGAACGUUUACCAACAUGAAGAUAAAAUGGUUCUAUGUCGGGUACAUGUAAUAUCCCCGGUGGCUGAUAAAACGAGCAAUGGUGAUAAAACCUUUAGCACCUGUAGACCGUUAACAACCCACCAGUGGUCUUGUUUUGACAAAGAAUUAAAAUCAUGGUUGGAUACGAAUAGGGAAUGGGCUGAUAUCGACGUGGACAAGGAACUACAUAAAUUCUCUGUGAAACCGAAUGUAGAAGUUAAGAUCAAGCGAUCCAAGGUUUCGUCUAAGUAUUUUAACAGAUGUUUAUACAAACCGCCCAUCGAUGCUACUGAUGAUGUGGCUAGUAAUGAUAGUUUACCUGUUCUAGAUUGCUCUUUGGAAUAUAAAACGGCCAAGGUCGUUGCUACUACAACAAUACCCACAGAAGAAUACAACCCCUACGAAUAUGAUCCCCAUGUACCUUCGACAAAAGAACAGUCCAUAUGUCCGCCGUCAUACAAACCAUACACUCCUACAAAGAGAACGCGCAAAAACAGUAGUAUUGAUAACAUAAAACCUCAGGGCCUAAACUUUUUGGGAUUUGACAGCUCUGAAGAUACAUAUUCUCCGAAUAUUGAGAGACAUUUAGCUGCCAGUAAGAUUUCAAUACCGGUAUAUAAACCUGCUCCUAUUGAUGAAAUACGUUCGCCAGAUCCUGAUAACGAAGUUAUUCUCGAGUCAGAGGAGGAGAUAAUGCCAACAAAAACGCAUAGAUCUAUUAGAGUAAGAGACAAACAUAUAUACAAGACUGAUUCCGAAUAUAUACCACAUAGUCAGGAGACACACGAAGUUGUACCUGCUUAUAAACCAACGCCAAUUGAAAAAACCGAUGAUGAUUAUGGUAGAAAGCGGAUAAAAGAAGAUUUGGAUGCCGGCGAAAAGACAAAGUCUCAAACUAAAAAGCAAUCGAAGCAAGAAAAGGAGGUUGCUAAUGAAAAACAGGAAAAAUCUUCAAGAGAAGAAAAGAGUAAAACAGCUUACAUAAAUGAAAAGAAGUUAACGGAAGACACAAAUAAACUAGCCGCACCAUCCAGUGAUGACGAUUUUGAUGAGGAAUCUCAUAACGUUACAUAUAAAAUUAACAAGGAUAAAACGUCAACGAAAUCUGAAACUGGUGACAGCAGCAAGAAAAGUUCAGUGUCUCUGAGUGAAGAUGAAUUCGAAAGAAUAGAGUCGAAAGAUAAAUCAUCGAGUAGUAAAAAUAAGAAGGAUAAAAAAGACUAUGAAAACAAAUCAGUGCCUAAGCCGAAAAUUGAGCGAAAGAGAUCGCAAAGUACGGAUAGCAAAUCAAAAGAAUCAACUUCGGGCGAUAAGGGCACAAAGUCAACUAUUAACCUGCCAUCAAUCGAAGAACAAUCUGAAAAAAAUGACACAGAGGAAUGGGAAAGAAAACGCAAAAAUAAAAAUAAAUCUCCUAAAAACGAAAAACACUCUUCGAAAGAAUAUCUUACAAAUGAGUCUGAAACAUGUAGCCUGAAACAACAUCGAACUAGUGAGGAUGAAUUUGAAGCGAGUGCAUCAAAAUCUAAGGGGAAAAAGAAAGAGAAAAGAUCAUCAUUUGGAGCUAUACAGGAUGAGCACAUUGCUGAAGAGGUUGCUGCUGGUGUAAAAGAAAAGAAAAAGGACAAACGAAAAGAAAAACUAAAAACAAAUGACAAUAAUGCAACACAAGAAGAAAAGGAGAAUAGCAAAGACAUUACGGAACAACCGUUAAGGCCAAAACGUUUUAUCGAAGAAGUGGGACAGCAUGAACGCAAAAAGAAACAAAAGUCUUCGCCAAAAAAUAAAGAACUCUUCGGUACCGAUGACGAUGAUGACAACGAAGUGGAGGACAAUUCAAGUAAACUUUUAUCCAGCGACAACAAUAAUAAUGUCAAUAGUAAAAUGCAUUCGGUGUUUGAAACUCCAAAGACUGAUAAGAAAACCAAAGCGAUAAUUAUGCAAUCUUCGUCGCCAUCACCAUCGGCGAAAAAUAAACGUAAAAAUGAUGAUUGUGAACAAGAAAAGGCUGGAAAGAGUAAAUGGUUAGGCAAGAAUCAACAGAGUGAUGAUUUGAUAAACGAUGAGUCUCCGAAAUCAUCCUUGAAAUGCACCAAAAAGAUUAAAUCAUUAUCCAAAGAUGACAAAAGGAAACGUCUCAAGUCACCAUCACCCCAGCCAAUGGAAAUUGUAAUGUCGCCUGAAACAACAGUCUUGAAGUUGUACAAAGAGGUAUACAAAGUUGUAUCGUUUGUGGCUGAAGCAUACAACUUGACAACCCUCCAGCAUGAAGAUAAUAUGGUUCUAUGUCGAGUACAUCUAAUAUCCCCGGUGGCUGAUAAAACGAGCAAUGGUGAUCAAACCUUUAGCAGCUGCAGAUCGUUAACAGCCGACCAGUGGUGUUGUUUUGAAAAAGAAUUAAAAUCAUGGUUGGAUACGAAUAGGGAAUGGUCUGAUAUCGACGUGGACAAAGAACUGCAUAAAUUCUCUGUGAAACCGAAUGUAGAAGUUAAUAUCAAGCGAUCCAAGGUCUCGUCUAAGUAUUUUAACAGAUGUUUAUACAAACCGCCCAUCGAUGCUACUGAUGAUGUGGCUAGUAAGGAUAGUUUACCUGUUCUAGAUUGCUCUUUGGAAUAUAAAACGGCCAAGCUCGCUGCUACUUCAUCAAUGCCAACAGAAGAAUACAACCCCUACGAAUAUGAUCCCCAUGCACCUUCGACAAAAGAACAGUCCAUAAGUCCGCCGUCAUACAAACCAUACACUCCUACAAAGAGAACGCGCAAAAACAGUAGUAUUGACAGCAUAAAACCUCAGGAUCAAUACUUUUUGGGAUUUGACAGCUCUGAAGAUACAUAUUCUCCGAAUAUUGAGAGACAUUUAGCUGCCAGUAAGAUUUCAAUACCUGUAUAUAAACCUGCUCCUAUUGAUGAAACACGUUCGCCGGAUCCUGAAAACGAAGUUAUUCUCGAGUCAGAUGAGGAUAUAAUGCCAACAAAAACGCAUAGAUCUAUUAGAGUGAGGGACAAACAUAUACACAAGACUGAUUCCGAAUAUAUACCACAUAGACAGGAGACACAUGAAGUUGUACCUACUUAUAAACCAACGCCAAUUGAAAAAACCGAUGAUGAUUAUGGCGCAAAGCGGAUAAAAGAAGAUUUGGAUGCCGGCGAAAAGACAAAGUCUCAAACUAAAAAGCAAUCGAAGAAAGAAAAGGAGGUUGCUAAUGAAAAACAGGAAAAAUCUUCAAGAGAAGAAAAGAGUAAAACAGCUUACAUAAAUGAAAAGAAGUUAACGGAAGACACAAAUAAACUAGCCGCACCAUCCAGUGAUGACGAUUUUGAUGAGGAAUCUCAUAACGUUACAAAUAAAAUUAACAAGGAUAAAUCGUCAACGAAAUCUGAAACUGGUGACAGCAGCAAGAAAAGUUCAGUGUCUCUAAGUGAAGAUGAAUUCGAAAGAAUAGAGUCGAAAUUUAAAUCAUCGAGUAGUAAAAAUAAGAAGGAUAAAAAAGACUAUGAAAACAAAUCAGUGCCAAAACCGAGACUUGAGCGAAAGAGAUCGCAAAGUACGGAUAGCAAAUCAAAAGAAUUAACUUCGGGCGAUAAGGGCACAAAGUCAACUAUUAACCUGCCAUCAAUCGAAGAACAAUCUGAAAACAAUGACACAGAGGAAAGGGAAAGAAAACGCAAAAAUAAAAAUAAAUCUCCUAAAACCGAAAAACACUCUUCGAAAGAAUAUCUUACAAAUGAGUCUGAAACAUGUAGCCUGAAACAAGAUCGAACUAGUGAGGAUGAAUUCGAAGCAAGUGCAUCAAAAUCUAAGGGGAAAAAGAAAGAGAAAAGCUCAUCAUUGGAUGCUAUAAAAGAUGAUCCCAUGGCCGAAGAGGUUGCUGCUGGUGUAAAAGAAAAGAAAAAGGACAAACGAAAAGAAAAAUUAAAUUCAAAUGACAAUAAUGCAACACAAGAAGAAAAGGAGAAUAGCGAAGACAUUUCGGAACAAACGUUAAGACGUUCCGGACGUUCACCAUCUAAACCAAAACGUUUUAUCGAAGAAGUGGGACAAUAUGAAAGCAAAAAGAAGCAAAAGUCUUCGCCAAGAAAAAAAGAACUCUUCGGUACCGAUGACGAUUAUGACACCGUGAGACAGCAUGAACGCAAAAAGAAACAAAAGUCUUCGCCAAAAAAUAAAGAACUCUUCGGUACUGAUGACGAUCAUGACACCGAAGUGGAGGACAAUUCAAGUAAACUUUUAUCUAGCGACAACAAUAAUAAUGCCAAUAAUAAAAUGCAUUCGGUAUUUGAAACUCCAAAGCCUGAUAAGAAAACCAAACCGAUAAUAUUGCAAUCUUCGUCGUCAUCAUCAUCAGCGAAAAAGAAACGUAAACGUAAUGAUUGUGAACAAGAAAAGGCUGGAAUGAGUAAAUGGUUAGGUAAGAAUCAACAGAGUGAUGAUUUGAUAAACGAUGAGUCUCCGAAAUCAUCCUUGAAAUCCACCAAAAAGAUCAAAUCAUCAUCCAAAGAUGAGAAAAAGAAACGCCCCAAGUCACCAACACCCCAGCCAAUGGAAAUUGUAAUGCCGUCUGAAAAAGAAUUGGAAAUGAUACGCAACAAGGCCAAACAACAGUCUGCAGAUAAUGAAAAAUUUAAGGCUGCACUAGAAAAAGCUACUAUUGUUCCGAAACGUGUUGAACAACUAUGCCUGAAAGACAUGUCACUCACAGAUCUAAUGGACACAUUUUCUCUAUACAAAACCGACUUGGAUCAAAUCUUCGAAAAAUGUCGGAAAAAAGACUACGUAAAAAGUCAUGAUGGUGUUAAUCAUUGCCUUGUUAUUGGUCUCAUAGAUCAUAAAAUCCAGUUGAAAAUGUUGGAAAAAUUAUCAGAAAAAUACAAUAGCAACAAUAGUACAUCGCAAGCCUCCAUGUACGCCAAUGCCCUUUUGCCUGAAUGGAUUUUACGGAUAUUUAUGAAACGCUACGAUUUAAAUCGGUCUGAUGCCAUACAACAUAUUGCUGACCAAGACGCCUAUAAAUCAUAUACCGAUGCAGAAAAUGAGUCUUCAUUUUUAGAUGACCUAUGAUAUAUAUGGUGUAGUUAUGAUAAUAUAUGUAUAUGGGGCGUCUUAAUAUCGAAGUUUUACAUUUAAAUUUAUAUUUUCAUUUUGUUAUUUCGAAUCAAAUUAAAUUUCAAUAUUAAAGCUGUGCUUUCAUUUGUUUAAAUACUAUUUUACUCUAGUUUAAGUUUUGUGCAGUACCAUAAAGAAUUAAAAUAAUUAUUCCACCAUAAAUUUUGUAUUUCUCUGCAAUUUUCUUUGUUAUUUAAAGCACAAUUGUAUGUGUAAAAAAAAAAAAACUAUAAUAAAAGUCUUAAGAUAUUCAUAUUUAAAA